CUCUUCCAGAACGACUUGCCUAUUCGACAUCGCUAGCAAUCAUGGCUGCCGCAAACAUCUCCAAGAAGAGGAAGUUCGUCGCUGACGGUGUCUUCACCGCCGAGCUCAACGAGUUCUUCACCCGCGAGCUGUCCGAGGAGGGGUACUCUGGCUGCGAGGUCCGUGUCACGCACGCCAGGACAGAGAUUAUCAUCCGAGCCACCCACACCCAAGAGGUCCUCGGUGACAAGGGUCGCCGGAUCCGCGAGCUCACCGCCCUCGUUCAAAAGCGCUUCAAGUUCCCAGAGAACUCGCUCGAGCUCUACGCCGAAAAGGUGCAGAACCGUGGUCUCCACGCCGUCGCGCAGUGCGAGUCGCUCCGCUACAAGCUCCUCGGUGGUUUGGCUGUCCGUCGUGCCGCGUACGGUGUCCUGCGCUUCGUCAUGGAGUCGGGCGCCAAGGGAUGCGAGGUCGUUGUCUCGGGCAAGCUUCGCGCUGCUCGUGCAAAGUCGAUGAAGUUCACCGACGGUUUCAUGAUCCACUCCGGUCAGCCUGUCCGCGACUUUGUCGACGAGGCUGUCCGCCACGUUCUGAUGAAGCAGGGUGUCCUCGGCAUCAAGGUCAAGAUUAUGCACGGCUGGGACGCCUCGCACAGCGGUGUUGGCAAGCCUUUCCCUCUUCCCGACGCGGUCACCAUCCUCGAGCCAAAGGAAGAGGCCCCCAUUACCGCCCCCGUCUCAGAGUCUCGCCAGGCUCCGGCAGCUCCCAUCGGUGGCGUGGCUCCUGGCCAGGCACUUCCAGGACAACCGGAUGUACCUGCGCAGGCUCAGCAGGCGCAGGCCGAGGUCAACAACAUGGGCCAGUUCUAACGAAAAUGGCUCUUUGUGCUGGCCAAAAGGCAGAGAGGCUCGAUCAGACGCCGACCUCCUGCUCCCCUUAAGACGUCUCUCUUCUCUCUCUCUCUCGAAUCCAACCUCCAAACUCCCCAUUCCACCUUUUUGACACAUUCUCUUCCCAUUUCAUUGUACGAUGACUUCUUUCACACCAUAAAAAAAUGACAAGCAUGGGCAUUUCAUCUG